AACAGGACCUGCUUGGCCAAGCAACCUCUCUCUCUCUCUCUCUCUCUCUCUCUCUUCUCUCUCUCUCAUAUUCAUUAACAACAAGCCUACUGUGUGAUAUGAACACAUUCAUGUAACACCUUUUCGAUCCUCUAGAAUCUUCUUCUACAUGUCCAUGUAGAGUAUUAAACCCCCCUGUUCUGAUUCUGAUUCUGAGUCUCACAAAACAGAGGAAAACCAAAAAAAGGAGAAUUUUGCUCUAGAGUCCAAAAAGUUACAUAAAAAUCCGAUUUUUAUUGCAUUCCCCUGUGGAUUUUGGUACCGAAUCGGUGCUUCUGCAAUGGAGGGCUCGCCUUUGGGCUCGUUCCUGCGGGGGCGGCGCCUCGAGAGCUACUUCGAGGCGGGGCUCCGGUCCCUUGCGCCGGCGAAGCCCCGGGCGGCGCCGCCGCGGCCGAGGAGCUGCACCCCCGCCUCCGCCGCCGCCGCCGCCGCCGCGGCGGUGGAGGAGGAGUUUGCGGACGACGACAAGUGGAGCACGGUGGUGGUGUCCGUGGUGAGGAUCGUGGUGUGCUUCGUGUCGAUGAUGGUGACGACGUUCAUUUGGGCGGUGGUGAUGGUCGUGCUGUUGCCGUGGCCUUAUGCGCGGAUUCGGCAGGGUAAUGUGUAUGGGCACGUUACUGGAAGGAUGUUGAUGUGGAUAUUGGGAAACCCGAUAAAAAUCGAAGGCUCCGAAUACUCUAAUACAAGGGGUAUUUAUAUAUGUAAUCAUGCAUCGCCGCUUGACAUUUUCCUUAUCAUGUGGUUAACUCCGACGGGAACUGUUGGCAUUGCCAAAAAGGAGAUUAUAUGGUACCCCCUCUUUGGACAGCUUUAUGUGUUGGCCAACCAUCUCCGCAUAGACCGCUCAAACCCGAUUGCUGCAAUCGAGUCUAUGAAAGAGGCAGCGAAGAUUAUAGUCAAGAAGAACCUAUCAUUGAUCAUUUUUCCGGAGGGUACCCGAUCGAAAACCGGAAGGCUUCUCCCAUUUAAGAAGGGUUUUGUGCACAUAGCGCUGCAAUCGCGGCUACCGAUCGUUCCAAUAGUUCUCACGGGCACUCAUCGAGCUUGGAGGAAGAACAGUUUGCGAGUUAGGCCGGCUCCUCUGACCGUCAAAUAUCUGCCGCCGAUAAAGACUGUAGAUUGGGAGCCAGAGAAGAUCAACGAAUACGUAGAGAUGGUACAUGACUUGUAUGUCGAAAACCUUCCCGAAUCUCAAAAACCUUUGGUUUCCGAAUGAAGUGAACGCAAAACCAAAAGGAAAAGGAUAAGCGAAAUACACAGAUAGAGGGGUCUUUCUGCGACAAAUGGUUUAAUGUGCAGUUUUGUUCUUUUUCUUUUUUCCUUGUGUGAUAAACCAAAGUUGUAGAAAUGUAAGUUGAAUAAUUCUUCUGAAACAGCUCGCUGAAUCCUGUACAGAGUUUGUUGAAUGUUGCUGAAGCUCAUAUGCUGGUGUUUGUCAAUGGAAAUCUCUUUUUAGGCUUUUCUA